UGUAGGUUCUGCAGCAGCAUAAAAGCGCUGACACAAUGGUGGCUUUGAUGAAGGUUUAUGAAGAAGAAGACCAAAUUUAUCAGGACUUGGUUACCAUGGCAACACAGUUCUACCAGUUUUUACUGCAGCCAUUCAGAGACAUGCGUGAAUUGGCCACCCUGUGCAAGCUGGAGAUCCUGAAAUCUUUACAGUAUGAUAAGCUGGGGCCCAAAAGAAUAGCAGCUUUGCAGAAAGAUGCUGAGGAAUGGACUAAGCGGGCAGAGGAUGCUGUGGGCUCCAUUCAGGAGCUCACUGUGAAUUACUUCAAGGAAACUGUAAAGGCUCUGACAGCAAUGCACAAGCAGAUGGAACAAGAUAAGAAAAGAUUUGGUCAAGCCACCUGGGCAUCAGCUUUGCCAAGGCUAGAAAACCUGAAGUACAUGUUAGCUAAAGAAACGCUUCAGCAUCUGCGGGCAAGGGAGUUGUGCCUGAAGCAGAAGAAAGCUGAUAUUGAGAAAAACAUGGAGAACCUUGAUGAACGAGAAGAGAAUCUACCUGUAGCAGAGGAGCUGGAAAUGGAGUAUUAUGAAACCCAACUGGAAUUAUAUAAUGUACAGCUUGAAGUAUUAAAACAUGAAGAGAUGCUUCUUAUUGUACAACUCGAAACUUUAAGGAGACAGAUUAAAGAGAAACAAGAUGAAGUUGUUUACUAUGACACAUGUGAAAAUCCUGAGGAGCUCAAGGUCAUGGAACAGACGAUGGGACAACACUGUGCUAACUCGUCAGAAAUGACGAAGCUGAGGCGGAAGACCAAGCAGUUAGAGACAAGGAGGGGGACUGUCUGUGCGAGGAGAGCCCAUCUCAGGAACAAAAAAGAACAAUGUGAAGCAAGCCAUCGGCAGAGACUGCAACAGGCACAGGAGAGCCAGAAACACUUCCAGCAGCACCACAGCAUACAGAUCAAAAGAGACAAGCAAAAAGAGGAAGAGAAGAAGAAAAAAGCUUGGAUAAGCCAAGAACGUAAGAAAACACUGGAGAGGCUGCGAGCAUUCAGGGAGAAAUGCUCGGCUCACAUUGUGCUGAAAACAUCUCCCCCCCAGCCUCUCAGUCUCAGGAUGCCACAGAGCAUCACCCAGCAAGCCGCAAUACUGUCCCCUCCAGCUUCAACGAGAGCAAGGCCAGAAUUGGAGCAGCCCUUGAGCAUACAGCCAGCAGAAGGCGGCAAUGUUUUACAUUUUCAUCAAAACACCUCAGCAGAUAUUCCUGUCCAGAUCUUUGUGGCUGCUGGUGACUCAAAGCAACAAAAGCAUAGUAAGGGGCUGAUGGACUCUCCGUCCUCACCACCAUCACCUCCUCCUCUAUCUCCUGUACCUCCACUAACCCUUCCUCCUCCUCCUCCUCCUCCUCCCCCCCCCCCUCCUCCCGCUUUACCUCUGCACUUCAAGACACCAUCAGCAAUAGAUGAUAAGCCACUUCCCCUUAGUGCUGAAGUCUCUGUAAUGCACAGACAGGAUGACUCUUUCAGGAUGUCUACAAAUAACUGCAUAGGAUCCAUGGAUGAGGUUUUGGCUUCUCUCAAGCGUGGGGAAGGUGUUCUCCGCAGAGCGGCACCGCCAGAUCCAUUCGCCUCUGUGAAAGAUGACAUCCUCUCCGCCAUAAGGCGAGGAGUUAAACUACGAAAAGUGAAUCAAAAAAAAGUGAAUACUGAGAAAAAUAUCAGUAAAGGAUCCAGUAAUGACCUGGAGAGAAGCAUUAAGGCAGCCAUCCAGAGAAUUAAGAGAGUGUCUGCUGAUUCUGAAGAAGAGGAAAACAAUGAUCCGAACAGUGGGGAAUGGGACAGAUAACCCAGUGAGAG